AUGGAACAACGCACAAUUAAAUUAACUAGUUUUAAUUGUAAAAGUGUCAAACGAUCAGUCGACUACGUUAGACAACUCUGCCAAAUCUCCGAUAUAAUCGCUUUGCAGGAAUCGUGGCUAUUACCUACUGAAAUUCCAUAUUUAGGCAAUAUUAGCAGCGAUUUCUCGUUUACGGGAACAUCGGCGGUGGACACAUCCUCUGGUAUGCUGAAAGGGCGACCGUACGGCGGAGUGGCACUUCUGUGGCGAAGUAAUCUGUUUCAAUGCGUAUCAGUGUUACAGUGUAGUAAUUCACGCGUAUGUGCGGUUAAAAUAGUGACUAGUGGUCGGCCGUUUAUAGUUGUCUGUGUGUAUAUGCCCACGGAUUGCUCAGACAACUUGCCCGAGUUCACGGAUUGCCUUAGCGCGGUGAGUGCAAUAGUGGAUGAAUGUGAAGUGGAAUCAGUUUAUAUCUUAGGGGACUUUAACGCACAUCCAGGUGAGUUAUUUUUCACGGAACUAAGUAAUUAUUGUAAUGAACAGAGCUGGGUGUGCGUAGAUAUAAACAGAUUUGGACUUUCUUCUGAUACCUACACUUUUAUCAGUGAGGCGCACGGGUCUAGGCGCUGGCUGGACCACUGUAUUGUGACACAGUCGGCUUUAGGUUCUGUUCGGAAUUUACAUGUUAAGUGUGACGUGGUUUGGUCUGACCACUUUCCCCUCAUAGUGGAAUGUAAUAUAGGUGUAUUAACACCUAGAUUAACUGCUGCGCCACUUAAUAACACUAAUUACGCAAUAUGGGGGGAGAGAACAACAGAGCAGAUUGCGGCAUACACAAAAGAAUGCGAUAACAGAUUAAAAAAUAUCCAUUUUCCUUCUGAUUUUAUUCAUUGUGGUGAUAAAUGCUGUAGUGACCCAUAUCAUAAAUUAAUCUUAGAUGACAUGUAUAGGGACAUUGUAUCGGCGCUCAGCCAGUCUGCCAUAGUUAGUAAGGGAAAUGUGGGACCUAAGAAAAAGAAUAGAAAUCGUAUAGUGGGUUGGAACAGGCACGUGAAAGAUGCUCAUUGGCGGGCGAGGCAGGCAUUUCUUGUGUGGGUGUCUAGUGGCAAACCUAUGGUGGGCACUGAGUACAAUAAAAUGUGUGAGAGUCGACGUAUAUUCAAGUCUCGACUAAAAUGGUGCCAAGAUCAUCAAAAUCAAAUACAAAUGGACAUAAUAGCGUCACAACACGCAAAAAAAGAUUUUAAGGCAUUUUGGAAGUCAACUAGCAAGCUAAAUGCUAGGCCUGGCCCGCCGGCGAGCGUUGAAGGGGCAACGGAUCAUGAGACUAUUGCUAAUAUAUUCAGAGACCACUUUAUUGUGAAACCAAGCAUAACACCUUCGCAGGAAAGGGAGGCCUGCGCUGGGGCGAUAGUGGAUAGACAGGCGACAAGGAUAUCAGUCUCAGAGAUAGCCAAAGCCAUUAAAUCCAUGUCUGGUGGCAAGUCGCCUGGUCACGAUGGUCUCAGUGUGGAGCAUCUACGGUUUGCUGGUCGUCAUAUCCUGCGUGUACUUGCAAUGUUUUAUUCUCUGUGCAUAUCCCAUUCUUACCUGCCCCUCGACUUAAUAAAAACCUUGGUCAUACCAGUGGCGAAAAACAAGACAGGAGACCUAACUAGUAAAAAUAACUAUAGACCGAUAUCGCUCGCUACUGUUAUGGCAAAGGUACUGGACGGUGUGCUUAAUGCGCAGUUGAAUAAAAACCUUUCAUUGCAUGACAACCAGUUCGGGUUUAGGCCCGGGCUGUCAACUGAAAGUGCUAUCCUGUGCCUUAAGCAUACCGCAGCGUAUUAUGUUGAUAGAAAUACGCCAGUUUAUGCCUGUUACCUAGAUUUAUCAAAAGCGUUUGAUCUGGUUUCCUACGAUAUACUUUGGAAGAAACUUGAGGGAAUUAACUUAGCGCCCGAUUUGAUAGGUAUAUUUAGAUAUUGGUAUGGAAACCAGAUCAACAACGUGAGAUGGGCUGGUACAUUGUCUGAGACGUAUAGGUUGCAAUGUGGGGUGAGGCAGGGGGGGUUGAGCUCACCAUCGCUUUUCAACCUAUAUAUGAACGAGCUUAUGCAUAUUUUCUUUGUAUAA